GAAAGAUCAUAAGUAAAUUAACAAAACUACAUUACAAGCUAUAAUUAAUUAUAAGACUGCUAAGAGUUUUUUUUGAAGACUUUUUAAAAAUAUAUAUAUUUAUUAACACUAAACUACCCUACAGAUUACAACAAGUGAACAAAAACAACCAUUAGAUUAACCGACAUUACGCCUUGUCUUUUUCCACUACGUCAUUAUCUCCCUCGGUUAUCAUGACAACCAGGACCCUAAACACCUGUUCACACAGUUUACUUCACAGAAAUGCAAUACCAGUGUAUGCAUUUAUACAAUUGUUUUUAUUUUGUAUUUUUUUAUUGUACAACAGUACCACAUUUAAGAUGUUGGUGUUGUCAAAAUUAACGCUGUGACUGAAGCAGUCCGGGAUGAAUAGCACUGAAGUCUGUGCAUCAGAAGAUGCUGAUGCUGAGAAACAGCAUACGAAUAUUUACAGCACACAAAGGAACACAAAGUCUUCGGGCAGACAGUAUGUGAAUGUGUUGUUGGAUCUCAGCGAAGAGGAUUGUAGCAGGGAAUACAACAUACAUCUGCUUCAGAGCCGCACUAUCUGGGAAGACGCUGUUGUAGGUUGGGGAAGAUUUCCUCCUCUUGGUGCAUUUCUUCAGCUUCCAAGAAAGGGGAAAAAACUCAAACAAGACACAAUAGACUCUCACUGUCUCCUCUGUGCGGAUCUUAAUCUUUCUGAUCUGCCCAUCUACUGCUCAGCUGGAAAUGCUCUGCAAACGUUCAGAAAGACUGCCCCAACACUUCUGGAUCUGGUAAAGGAAACAAACAGUUCCUCUUCAGAUGAACUAUACUCUUUCAGCUCAUCUCUGCAAAAUAUGUCAGAGCCAUUAAUCAACAAAUUGCUGUCUGGAGAUGAACAGUGUAAGCAAAACAAAUCACCAUCAUUCUGCCAUUACCAUAUAAAACCGUGUCAGAUUCAGAGGGAAAAUAGAGUUGAUCUUAGCAUCAGAAGCUUUAGUGUGUUGCCGCCUGUCAAAGAGUCCAGAAACCAGAGGAACUACAGUCUUUUUAAAAGGGUGGAGCCAACAGAUUGCCACCCAGCAGAAGUUGUGACCAAGGCCAUGAUGCCCGUUGCUGCCGGUGCUGUGACUGAUGGUAAAAUAUUGAGUGUCAAUGAUGACACAGGAAAUGUCUUCAAGGCCCUCGUAGACUUUAUCCCAGAGGAGAAUGGCUACAGGUUAAAAUGACCUCCCAGUACAAAGCAUUGGCUGUCCCAGGUCAAGAAUCACACUGUUUGAGACUCACACUCCUGUGUACUUGAAAAUGUGUGCUACGUGAAAAUGACUAUGCAAUAUAAAGGGAUGAAGAUAA